AUGGAAUAAGCUCAAUUUUCUUUAAAAUAAGUUUGUAGACAAAGAGUGAAAAGUUUGUUUGUACAAUUAAGAAUUGAUAAUCCUAAUUUAUCAUCUUCCAUUCUUGUUGUAGAUCAAAAAACUUUAAAAAUAGUUUCUGCUUACAUGAAGAUGUCUGAGUAUAAAUUAAAAUUAAUAUAAGAUUAUUAGAAUAAGGAAUUAAUGCAGUAGAAAAUCUAAAUUUGAAAAGAAAACCUUUUAAUUUGGAAGCAAUUUAUUUUAUCACACCAACUUAAGAGUCGAUUGCUUUAUUAAUUGAGGAUUUUGCAAAUGCUCAAUUUCCAUAAUAUAAAUGUGCACAUGUGAUUUUCAAUAAUAAAAUGCCAUAAGGAAUAGCUUAAAAGAUACAAUCUGAAUAGAAUUUAGUUAAGAAAUUAUCGACUUGUAAAGUUUUUAAUUUAGACUUUAAUUGUACUAAUGAAUAAUUAUUCACAUUUGAUAUGAUAUUUGGAUUAGAAGUAUAUAAAGGAAGUAUGUAUUAAAUUAAAAUAAGGAAAUGUUAUUUUAUAAGAGAUGGCUGAAAAAAUAAGUACAGUUUUGGUGUCAUUUGAGAAAUUUUAUACUUUUGAGUUAAUUUUUAGAUAAGAUAAUUGGAAGAUAUGUUAAUAAUUAGCAUAAUUCACAUAAGGAAGAUUAAGAGAAAUAUUAGAAGCUUUAAAAAGAACAAAUAGUUCAUAAUAUGAUCACAAAGAAAAAACAUGUGGAAAAAUAAGAAUAGUAAUUAUAGAUAGAGCAAUAGAUGUAUUAUCACCAUUAUUACAUGAUUUUUAUUAUUAACCAAUGUUUUAUGAUUUAUUGGAAAUAGAAAAUGACAUAUAUUAAUAUGAUAUGUAAUAUGGAGAUAAGAAAGUAACUAAGAAAUAAAUUUUAAAUGAUUAAGAUGAUUUAUUCAAGAAAUAUAAAUUCAAACAUAUUGCUGAUGUAUUAGAAGAAGUUAGUAGUGAUUUUUAAACAUUUAUGUAAACAAAUACAGCAGCUAAGGUUGCUAAAGAUAAAGAAUAAAAUUUAUCAUUAAAAUAAAUGACAGAUAUUGUUAAAACUAUGCCUUAAUAUUAAGAAUUAGUAGCAAAAUAUACUAUGCAUAUGGAAAUUGUAGAAAAAUGUUUAGAAAUAUAUAGAUAAAAGGAUUUAUAAGAAGUUGGAGAAUUAGAAUAAACUUUAGCAACAGGAUGUGAUAAAAAAGGAUCUUCAGUAGCAGGAGAGAAGAUUAUUUAAAGAGUAAAUUAUUUUAUUAUGAUUUUAUAGAUUAUUUAAGUAUUAAAAAAUCAAAAAUUAAAUGAAUUUGAUUAAGCACGUCUUAUAUUAUCAGCCAUAAUCUAAAUUGAUUUAAGUGAAAAAGAUAGAAGAUAAUUGACAGAUAUUCUAUCUAUUGAAAUGUAAAAUGCUGUUCAUAAUCUAAAAUUAUUGGGAAUUUAAACUUAACAUAGUGGUAGCAAAGUAUAUAUUUAUAAUAAUAAUUUAAUAGUCUCAUAAAAGAGUUAAUGAAUAAGUCAGAAAAUAUGCCAAAAAUAAAAUGGCUAAUGAAACAUUAGAAUUAUGUAGAAAUACUCCUAUCAUUGAAUAAUAAUUAGAAGAUUUAAUACUUAAGGAUUUUUAGACAUCAGGAAACUUUGAAAAAAUAGUCUUAAAUGAAUAAUAAAAUGUUUAAGGUCAAGGUAAAUCUCUUAGAUAGAAGGGAUAAAUUAAAUUGAUGUAAGAUGAUGUAGGAUUUGAUGAAUAAGAUAAAUUAGUAUAUAUUUAAUUAUUUAAUAUUAGCUUGUUUUUAUUGUUGGAGGUGUUGGAUAUAAUGAAGUUAGAAGUUUGAUGAAUAACAAAGUUAUUAAUAAAAAUUUAAUUAUUGGAAGCACAUUCUUAUUGAGACCUAAUGAUUAUGUCAAAGAACUUGUGAAAUUAUAAAAAUUAUGA